AUGCUCCUCCGUCACUCUCUCCAUCUGCCAAUAGUAUCUUCAUACUCACACAAAUCAAACCGCGUCCCCAACACCAGCGGUUACAUAAAGUUCCAAACGAGGUACCGCGAAAACCUGCGAUACCUUCGAACGUUAACCAUUAUCGACCCCAAAACCAAACCGGAGGACCUCCCUCUCCCGAACGAUGUGGACCACAUCAUCCGCACUCUCGCGUUCCUCAAGUCUCGCUCCUUCUCCGACGCCGACAUCCCCCGCCUCAACUACCUCACGCCUGAGCUCUUUUCCACCGCCGUCGUCCCCUCAGACGUCUCCGCCGUGUUCAACUUCCUGGCCGACGAACUUCCGUCCACCGCGUCGGAGUCUCGGGAUCUCAUCCUCCGAUGCCCCAAGCUGCUCUUCUCCAACGUCGACCACUGCCUCCGACCCACGCUCCAAUUUCUCCGCCAGGUUGGGAUCCAGGAACUGAACAAGCCCACGACGCGGAACGCGCACCUGUUGAACACGCGCGUGGAUAAGCUGCAUGCGAAGGUUGAGUUCUUGCAGGAGUUGGGGUUUUCGAAGGAGGAGGCACUGAGAGCAUGUGCGAGGUUGCCGGCCAUUUUUGGGUAUGACGUCGAGAACAAUCUGUGGCCAAAGUACGUCUAUCUUGUCAAAGAAAUGCAGAGGGAUUUGGAGGAGUUGAAGAAGUUUCCUCAGUACUUUGGAUUCAGUUUGAAGGAGAGGAUUGUGCCAAGGCACUUGCAUCUGAAGGAGAGAGGUGUUAGCAUUCCCUUGAACAGAAUGUUGAUGUGGGGUGAUGAAAAGUUCUACAAGAAGUGGAAGUGA